AUGGGGGCCGCCGCCGGCCAGAGCGUCCACCUGGGGCCCGCGCCCGCCGGCCGCCCGCCGCGCUCCAUCCUGCUGCUGCUGCUGCUGCAGCUGCUGCUGUUUGUCGCGGCUCCGGCAGCCAAGCAGGCCGAGGCCGGCGAGUUCCCUGAGUUGUGCAGUUAUACAUGGGAAGCUGUUGAUACCCAAAAUAACAUACUUUAUAAAAUCAACGUCUGUGGAAGUGUGAAUAUCGCCCAGUGUGGAGCAUCAAGUGCCGUUUGUAUGCACAAUGUGAAGACAGACACCUACCGUUCAGUGGGUGACUCUCAUCUGAGAAGUGCAACUACAUCUAUUCUGGAAUUCAACACAACAGACAACUGUGAGCCGCUACAGGCAAAUCACAAAAUCCAGAGUAGCAUCACUUUCCUGUGUGGGAAAACCUUGGGAACUCCUGAAUUUGUAACUGCAACAGAAUGCGUGCACUACUUUGAGUGGAGGACCUCUGCAGCCUGCAAGAAAGAUAUAUUUAAAGCUAAUAAGGAGGUGCCAUGCUACGCAUUUGAUGAAAAGUUGGGGAAGCAUGACCUGAACCCACUCAUCAAGCUGAGCGGGGGCUACUUGGUGGAUGACUCUGACCCGGACUCUUCUCUGUUCAUCAAUGUCUGUAGAAACAUAGACUUACUACGGGACCCGGGUUCACAGCUGCGUGCCUGUCCAUUUGGCACUGCCGCCUGCCUGGUGAGAGGAGACCAGGCGUUUGACGUUGGCCAGCCCAAGGAGGGCCUGAAGCUGGUGGGCAAGGACAGGCUUGUUCUGAGUUACGUGAAGGAAGAGGCAGAAAAGCCUGACUUUUGUGAUGGCCACAGCCCAGCGGUGACUAUUACGUUUGUUUGCCCAUCGGAGCGGAGAGAAGGCACCAUUCCCAAACUCACUGCUAAAUCCAAUUGCCGCUACGAAGUUGAGUGGAUUACUGAGUACGCCUGCCACAGAGACUAUCUGGAAAGUAAAACCUGCUCCCUGAGCAGUGAGCAGCAGGAUGUGGCCAUUGACCUCAGGCCCCUGAGCAAAGGUUCAUACUACGAUUCAGAUGGAAAAGAAUACACGUUUCAUUUGAACAUCUGUGGAGCAAAUGAAACACACAUCUGCAAUAAGAAAGAUGCCGCGGUUUGCCAAAUUAAGAAAUCCGAUUCCACUCAAGUCAAAGUAGCAGGAAGCUACCAGCACCAAACCCUCCGAUACUCUGAUGGAGACCUCACCUUGAUAUAUUCCGGAGGCGACGAGUGCAGCUCAGGGUUUCAGCGGAUGAGCGUCAUCAACUUUGAGUGCAGUGAGACUGCAGAUCACGAUGGGAAAGGGUCUCCUGUGUUCACUGGGGAGGUCGACUGCACCUACUUCUUCACGUGGGACACGAAAUAUGCUUGUGUCAAAGAGAAGGAGGACCUCCUCUGCAGUGCCACCGACGGGAGGCAGCGCUACGACCUGUCCGUGCUGGCCCGACACUCAGAACCAGAACAGAAUUGGGAAGCCGUGGACGGCAGCCUGACGGAAACAGAGAAGAAGCACUUUUUCAUUAACGUCUGUCACAGAGUGCUGCAGGAGGGCAAGGCGAGAGGCUGUCCCGAGGAGGCCGCGGUCUGCGCAGUAGAUAAGAAUGGAAGUAAAAAUCUGGGAAAAUUUGUUUCUUCUCCUACAAAAGAGAAAGGAAACAUUCAUCUUUCUUAUUCAGAUGGUGAUGAUUGUGGUGACGGCAAGAAAAUAAGAACUAAUAUCUUACUUGUGUGCAAGCCAGGUGAUCUGGAAAGUGCUCCAGUGUUGAGAACUUCUGGGGCCGGUGGCUGCUUCUAUGAGUUUGAGUGGCACACGGCUGCUGCCUGCGCGCUGGCUAAGGUGGAGGGAGAGAACUGCACCGUCUUCGACUCCCAGGCAGGGUUUUCUUUUGAUUUGUCACCUCUCACAAAGAAAACUGGUGCCUAUAAAGUUGAGACAAAGCAGUAUGACUAUUACAUAAACGUCUGUGGUACCUUAUCUGUGGACUCCUGUCAGCCGGGCUCCGGGGCCUGUCAGAUAUCCAAAAGUGAUAGGAGGACCUGGAACUUGGGCCUGAGUAAUGGCAAACUCUCGUAUUAUGACGGGAUGAUCCAAUUGAACUACAAAGACGGCACGCCCUAUAACAAUGAGAGACACACACCGAGAUCCACCCUGAUCACUUUCCUCUGUGAUCGAGAGGCUGGAGUAGGCAUCCCUGAGUAUCAGGAAGAGGAUAACUCCACCUACAACUUCCGGUGGUACACCAGCUAUGCCUGCCCAGAGGAGCCGCUGGAGUGCGUGGUGACUGACCCCUCCACACUGGAGCAAUAUGACCUCUCUAGUCUAGCAAGAUCUGAAAGUGGGCGUGGAGGAAACUGGUUCGCCAUGGACACCUCAGGGGAGCAUGUCACCUGGAGGAAGUACUACAUAAACGUGUGUCGGCCGCUGAGCCCAGUGCCCGGCUGUGACCGGUACGCCUCAGCGUGCCAGAUGAAGUAUAUAAAAGAUCAGGAUUCCUUUGCUGAAACAGUCUCCAUCAGUAACCUGGGAAUGGCAAAGUCAGGCCCUGUGAUUGAGGAGAGUGGCAGCCUCCUCCUGGAGUAUGUGAACGGCUCUGCCUGCACCACCAGCGAUGGCAGGCUGACCACCUACACCACCAGGAUCCACCUCGUCUGCUCCCGGGGCAGCCUGAAUAGCCAUCCUAUCUUUUCUCUCAACUGGGAGUGUGUGGUCAGUUUCCUGUGGAAUACAGAAGCUGCCUGCCCUGUUCGGACGACGACAGAUACAGACCAGACUUGCUCCAUCAGGGAUCCCAACAGUGGAUUUGUGUUUAAUCUUAACCCGCUAAACACCUCUCAAGGAUACAUAGUCUGGGGCAUUGGGAAGAUAUUUGUGUUCAACAUCUGUGGCACGAUGCCCAUGUGUGGGGUCAUUGAUGGGAAGCCUGCUUCUGGCUGUGAGGCAGAGACCCAGACCGAAGACCUGAAGAACCUGAAGCCCGAGAGGCCAGUGGGAUUCGAGAAAAGCCUCCAGGUGUCCACUGAGGGCUUCAUAACACUGACCUACAAAGGGCCUCUUCCUGCUACCCGAGGUGGCACGAGUACUUUUAUCAUCCGCUUUAUUUGCAAUGAUGACAUUUACCCAGGAGCCCCUAAAUUCCUGCAUCAAGACAUCGACUCCGGACGAGGGAUCCGAAACACUUACUUUGAGUUUGAAACUGCAUUGGCCUGUGUUCCUACCCCAGUGGACUGCCAAGUCACCGACCUGGCUGGAAAUGAGUAUGAUCUGAGUGGCCUGAGCUCCGUCAGGAAGCCUUGGACUGCUGUGGACACCACCGCUGAUGGGAAGAAGAGAACUUUCUACCUGAGCGUUUGCACUCCCCUCUCUUACAUCCCUGGAUGCCACGGCAGCGCUGUGGGGUCUUGCUUAGUAUCAGAAGAUAAUAGCUGGAACCUGGGUGUGGUACAGAUCAGUCCUCAAGUGGCAGCGAAUGGAUCCUUGAGUGUCGUGUACGUCAACGGUGACAAGUGUGGGACCCAGCGCUUCUCCACCAGGAUAAUGUUUGAGUGUGCUCAGAUUUCGGGCUCACCGACAUUUCAGCUUCUGGAUGACUGUGAGUACGUGUUUGUCUGGAGGACUGUGGAAGCCUGCCCGGUGGUCAGAGCGGAAGGAGACAACUGCCAGGUGAAGGACCCCAGGCACGGCAGCCUGUAUGACCUGAAGCCCCUGGCCCUUAGCGACACCAUCGUGAGUGCCGGCGAGUACAACUAUUACUUCCGGGUCUGUGGGCAGCUUUCCUCGGGCGUCUGCCCCACCAGCGACAGGUCUAAGGUGGUCUCCUCGUGUCAGGAAAAGCCUGGACCACAAGGAUUCCAGAAGGUGGCAGGUCUCUUCACUCAGAAGCUGACUUAUGUAAAUGGAUUGUUAAAGAUAAACUACACUGGGGGGGACACGUGCCAUAAGGUGUACCAGCGCUCUACGACCAUCUUUUUCUACUGCGACCGCAGUACCCAGAAGCCAGUAUUUCUAAAGGAGACUACAGAUUGUUCCUAUUUGUUUGAGUGGCGGACGCCGUAUGCCUGCCCACCCUUCGAUCUGACUGAAUGUUCUUUCAAAGAUGCGGCUGGCAACUCUUUUGACCUCUCGUCCCUGUCACAGUACAGUGACAACUGGGAAGCCAUCACCAGUACGGGGUCCUCGGAGCACUACCUCAUCAACGUCUGCAAGUCUCUGUCCCCGCAGCCUGGCACUGCACCCUGCCCUCCAGAAGCUGCUGCAUGUCUGCAGGGGGGCGCCCAGCCUGUGAACCUGGGCAGGGUGAGAGAUGGACCUCAGUGGACAGACGGCGUGAUUGUCCUGAAGUAUGUCGAUGGUGACGUGUGCCCAGACCGUAUUAGGAAAAAGUCAACCACCAUCCGAUUCACCUGCAGCGAGAGCCAAGUGAACUCCAGACCCAUGUUCAUCAGCGCUGUGGAAGACUGUGAGUACACCUUCUCCUGGCCCACAGCUGCUGCCUGUCCUGUGCGGAGCAACCAGCACGAUGACUGCCAGGUCACCAACCCCAGCACAGGACACUUGUUUGAUCUGAGCUCUUUAAGUGGCAGAACAGGAUUCACAGCUGCCUACAGUGAGAAGGGCCUCGUCUACAUGAGUGUCUGUGGGGAGAAUGAAAACUGCUCUCCUGGCGUGGGGGCCUGCUUCGGUCAGACCAGGAUCAGCGUGGGCAAGGCCAGCAAGCGGCUGACCUAUGUGGACCAGGUGUUACAGCUAGUAUAUGAGGACGGGUCCCCUUGUCCCUCCAAAUCUGGCCUGAGCUACAAGAGCGUGAUCAGCUUUGUGUGCAGGCCGGAGGCCGGGCCCACCAACAGACCCAUGCUCAUCUCGCUGGACAAGCAGACGUGCACGCUCUUCUUCUCCUGGCACACACCGCUGGCCUGCGAGCGCCCAACAGAAUGUUCCGUGAGGAACGGAAGCUCUAUCAUUGACUUGUCCCCUCUCAUUCACCGCACUGGUGGCUACACAGCCUAUGACGAGAGUGAGGAUGACGCCUCCGAUACCACCCCUGAUUUCUAUAUCAACAUAUGCCAGCCGCUGAACCCCAUGCAUGGGGUGCCAUGUCCUGCUGGAGCCGCUGUGUGCAAAGUUCCUGUCAAGGGUCCCCCCAUAGAUAUUGGCCGAGUCUCAGGACCUCCAAUACUCAAUCCGAUAGCAAAAGAAGUUUACCUGAAUUUUGAAAGCAACACGCCCUGCCUAGCAGACAAGCAUUUCAACUAUACCUCACUCAUCGCUUUUCACUGCAAGAGAGGUGUGAGCAUGGGGAUGCCUAAGCUGUUAAGGACCAGUGAGUGUGACUUUGUGUUUGAGUGGGAGACGCCGGUCGUCUGUCCUGACGAAGUGAGGACUGAGGGCUGCUCUGUGACAGACGAGCAGCUGCUGUACAGCUUCAACCUGUCCAGCCUUUCCAAGGACACCUUUAAGGUGACUCGAGACUCCCGCACGUAUAGUGUUGGGAUAUGCACCCCAGCGGCUGGGCCGGACGGAGGAGGCUGUAAGGAUGGUGGCGUCUGCCUGCUCUCGGGGAGCAAGGGGGUGUCGUUUGGACGGGUGGCAUCCAUGAGGCUGGACUACAGGCACCAGGACGAGGCGGUCAUUUUAAAUUAUAUGAAUGGUGAUAACUGCCCUCCAGAAACUGAGCAGGGCGACCCCUGUGUCUUCCCCUUCAUAUUCAACCGAAAGAGCUACGAUCAGUGUGUUGUGGAGGGAAGGUCGAAGCUGUGGUGCAGCACCACUGCCAACUACGACAGGGACCACGAGUGGGGGUUCUGCAGACACUCAAAUAGCCACCGGACAUCAACGAUCAUAUUUAAGUGUGAUGAAGAUGAGGACAUUGGGAGGCCCCAAGUCUUCAGUGAAGUUCGUGGCUGUGAGGUGACAUUUGAGUGGAAGACAAAAGUUGUCUGCCCUCCAAAGAAGAUGGAGUGCAAAUUCAUUCAGAAACACAAGACCUACGACUUACGGCAGCUGUCCUCCCUCACCGGGUCCUGGUCCUUGGACCACGAGGGGGCUGUGUACUAUAUAAAUUUGUGCCAGAAAAUAUAUAAAGGGCCCCUUGAGUGUUCUGAAAGAGCCAGCAUUUGCAGAAAGAGCCCCACUGGUGAGGUCCAGGUCUUGGGACUUGUUCACACACAGAAGCUGGAUGUUUCAGGUGACAGAGUGAUUGUCACUUACUCCAAAGGUUAUCCAUGUGGUGACAAUAAGAACGCAUCCACCGUGAUAGAACUGACCUGCUCGAUGACGGUGGGCAUGCCUGCCUUCAAAAGGUUUGACAUCGACAGCUGCACGUACUACUUCAGCUGGGAAUCUCGGGCCGCCUGCGCCGUGAAGCCCCAGGAGGUACACAUGGUGAACGGCACGAUUGUCAACCCCGUGGAUGGCAGGAGCAUCAGCCUCGGGGAUAUUUAUUUUAAGCUAUUCAGUGCCUCUGGGGACAUGAGAAGCAACGGGGACAACUACCUGUAUGAAAUCCAGCUUUCCACCAUCACGAGCUCCCGGAACCCAGCGUGCUCCGGGGCCAACAUAUGCCAGGUCAAGCCCAAUGAUCAGCGCUUCAGUCGGAAAGUUGGGACCUCUGAUCAAACCAAGUACUACAUUCAAGAUGGUGAUCUGGAUGUUGUGUUUGCCUCUUCCUCUAAAUGUGGAAAGGAUAAGACAAAGUCUGUCUCAUCCACCAUCUUCUUCCACUGCGACCCACUGGUGAAGGACGGGAGCCCCGAGUUCAGCCACGAGACUGCUGACUGCCAGUAUCUGUUCUCCUGGUACACCUCGGCCGUGUGUCCUCUGAGGAUGGAUUUCGACAGCGAGAAUUCUGGGGAUUCUCAGGGGCACAAGGGGCUCUCCGAGCGGAGCCAGGCCGUCGGGGCGGUCCUGAGUCUGCUCCUGGUGGCGCUCACCGGCUGCCUGCUGGCCUUGCUGCUGUAUAAGAAGGAAAGAAGGGAAACGGUGAUGAAUAGACUGACCAACUGCUGCAGAAGAAGUUCCAACGUGUCCUACAAAUACUCAAAGGUGAAUAAAGAAGAAGAGACAGACGAGAAUGAAACGGAGUGGCUGAUGGAAGAGAUCCAGCUGCCAACUCCAAGACCAGGGAAGGACGGGCAGGAAAACGGCCAUCUUACCACCAAGUCCGUGAAGGCCGAGGCCCUCAGCUCCCUGCGUGGGGAUGACCAGGACAGCGAGGAUGAGGUUCUGACCAUCCCAGAGGUGAAAGUUCACUCGGGCAGGGGAACUGGGGCAGAAAACUCCCAUCUAGCAAGAAAUGCACAGAGGAAGGGCCCUGGAGAGUGGGCGGACGAUCGGGCAGACGAUCGGGCAGGGUUGAUCAAGGGAGAGAAGGUGAGAAGAGGCAAGCCCAAGUCUGCCCAGCAGACAGCCACGGCCCCCGCCAAGCUGGUGUCCUUCCAUGAUGACAGCGACGAGGACCUCUUACACAUCUGACUCCGCAGUGCCUGCAGGACGUGGAGCUGGGGACAGCCAAGCACCUCCAACCAAAAAAGACUUCAAUUCAACGAUGCUUCAGUAAUUUUGCCUUUAACAAAAACUGUCUCAAAAGGGAAGAGUUUUUGUGCUGGAGGAGAGGGUGCGGGAGGUCAGGCCCUGCUCCUCCACGAGUGUUUACAGUCAUUGGAGUAAGGUCUGGCUCAGCUGGCGCGGGGCGGGGCCUUGUCCCCGGGGUUCUGCCUCAAGUCCUCAUUUGAAAGCAUAAGGCCAGACACAUCUCAGAACAGAGCUGUAUUUGGGAAAAAACUCUUGCUGCUUUAGGCCCUGUAGGGUAUUUGACCAUUGUAUUGAGCAUUUUAAUUCUCUCUCCCUAUUUAUUGACUUUGACAAUUACUCAGGUUUGAGAAAAAGGAAAACACUUAGCAACAGUUUCUUCCUGCCGGCAGGGUGUCACGUGCCAGGUUUUCCACUCGAGAAGGGGAGGCUGUCAGUGUGCUGAGUACUCAUCUGUCUCUCUUCUCUUUUGCUAUCUGUUUCUUACGGGCACACACGUGUGCGUGCACACACGUACGUGCACAGGGUCCCGAGUGCCUAGGUUUGGAGGGUUCACCUGCUCUGUGUUUGCAGUUGGGAAUGGCUGCGGCUUUGCAUGGCACCGGCAGCCCCAGGUGUGCAGUGCACAUUUGUCAGUAUUGCUUUCACCGGCUGGUGAAUCAGACAACCCACCCAAAGAUUGAUUUUUUUUUUUUUUUUUUUUUUGUGAGGGUCGAGUUCAGAUGUCAGAGAAAAUAACUUUUUUUUCCAUAUUUGGGGUAUAGGUCUCAUCUCUUCAGGUUCUCAUGAUACCACCUUUACUGUGCUUAUUUUUUUUAAGAAAAAAGUGUUUAUCGACCAUUCGACCUAUGAGAAGCCUUAAUUUGCACAGUGUGUGACUUACAGAAAUUGCAUGAGUAAGGAUGGGCCGAAUCUCGCCCCGGCGUUGCACUUGGAUUCGCGCGUGGAGGGAGGCCAAGGUGGCCACUCAGAGUGUUGCAGGAGGGGAAGGCCAUGCUGGGGCUCUGCCACUGGCUGCCCACUCCCUUCUUGAAGUGUUUAAUGAGUGACUUUUCUCACAUUAUGGAAUUGUAUAUAGACGCGAUGGUAUUCAUAUACUGAAAAGCAAACCGCACUGCAGAAUCGCUUGGUUUUAACGGUUUGGCUGGCUUAUUUGAUUUCAACAUGAGUGUAUUUUUUAAAAUUGAUUUUUCUCUUCAUUUUUUUCCAAUCAACUUUACUGUAAUAUAAAUUAUUCAACAAUUUCAAUAAAAGAUAAAUUAUUAA